GAAAGAUUUAGGAAUUUUCUUUCUGUUUCCCUUAUUAAUCCUGAGAGAGACUCCGAGGAGCUGACGAGCUUCUGCCAUGGGGACCCUGCGAUUCCUGCUGUUAUGGGGGUGUCUGACCCUCCUGCUGCCCCUGAUGGUUCCUGCCCAUUCCCAGACCAGACAAGGGGAUAAUUUGGAUUCAGUCAAGAGGCAAAUCUCCAAAAAUGAUCGUCACACAAACAGAAGGAAUGAAAAUAAGGAGGUGACGCGUCGCACUUGGGCCUUUUCUGCUGAACAGGACCUUACCAAACUCAAACUGUCGAAACCUCGCCCUGGAUACUUAUCUUCUGUAUCAGUCCUAGACACCCCCAAUAUACUGGAUUUAUCCAAAACUUCCCUGGAGAAUAUACGGAGAAAGAGGCAAUCUAAUGGGAAGAAGAAUGGAAAGCCUAGGAAGCCGUGUCCUGGCUGCUACUCUCCCAUGGCAAGGCCACAGAGACAGAAAAGGGAUUUAUCCAAAACUUCCCUGGAGAAUAUACGGAGAAAGAGGCAAUCUAAUGGGAAGAAGAAUGGAAAGCCUAGGAAGCCGUGUCCUGGCUGCUACUCUCCCAUGGCAAGGCCACAGAGACAGAAAAGGAAAAGUAGAAACAAGGAUGUGACUAAUAACCCUCCUGAGAUGUGCGCGGGCUGCUUUCACCCCCUGGCGCGAUCAUUAAAGCCGAAGGACUUGGAGGAGCGUGAGCCACCCAGGAAAAGGGGGCAUAAAAAACCAAAGGACAGGAAGAAAGGACCCCCAACCCGUGGCCUGGCGAGAUCCAAGAAGCACGAGAAAGAAGAUUCCACAGGCAGAAGAAGAGAGCGAGAAAGAGAGGAACACCUCCCUGGAUCACUAUCAUUUUCAAUGUCCUUGGAAGAGCCAAGGAGACCCCAUGGGCACCACAAGAAAGAGAAGCAUGGAAAGCACCGGAAGAACCAUCACCAUGAGCAUUCCGAUGGGAAGGAUGAAAAGGAGGAGUGAGAGCGGCGCCAGGGACUGGGAUAGAGAGGAAACCAAAACCACUGGGCAUUGGCCUCCUUCUCCCUGUAUCCUCUCCUAGCAAGCUGCCUCCUGUGUAUUACCCACAAUCCUCUCAACUGACGGUUGCACAAUCUGCUCAGGCUCCUCCCUGUUCUCUCCUAGCA